AUGGCUGAGGAGAUUUUGAAGAGGGUUGGUUCACUUGCUGCAGCUCGUGCAGCUCAGGGGAUCAAUAUUGCAUGGGGAUUUAAGGGAGAGCUGGAAAAGCUGAUGUCGAAAUUGAUCAUGAUUCAAGCAGUGCUACAAGUUGCUGAAGAAAGACAAAUUACGGUUGAUAUGUGGAGGCUUUGGUUGGAUAAGGUUCGAGACACAGCUUACCAAGCUGAAGAUGUGCUGGAUGAGCUUGGUUAUGAGAUUAUUCAACGGCAGCUAGAGACUCAAGACAGUAUGAGAGGGAAGGUAUGUAGCUUCUUCUCUCUCUCCAACCCAAUAGCAUUUGGUCUGAGGUUGACCCAAGAACUUCAAAAGAUCAAUGAGUCCUUUGAUGAGCUUCAAGAAAUAGCAACUUCGUAUGGGCUUAGAGUUCUAUCUGCAGAUACAACUCCUCAACCUAGACGCCGCUCAAUGACAGACUCUUUCUUUUUCCUCUCAGAAGUUGUCGAAGGAAGGGGUGAUGAUGUCUCUAAAAUUAUUAACUUGUUGGUUAGUUCUUGCAGCCUACGAGUUCUUUCUGUCAUUCCUAUAGUGGGAAUGGCCAGGCUAGGAAAGACUACUGUAGCAAAAAUGGUGCACCGAGAAGUUAAAGACAGAAAACUUUUUGAUGUAACAUUUUGGAUUUGUGUUUCUGAUAGUUUUGACAAUGAAAGGAUUUUAGGAGAAAUGCUGCUAACUCUUAAUAAAAACACUGAUGGGAGAACUGGAAUGGAUGCAAUAAUGACACAUCUUCGAGAAGAGUUAGAGACUAAAACAUUUCUUCUCAUACUUGAUGACGUGUGGAACGAAGAUUAUGAGAGGUGGAAGAUUUUGAAGGAUUGUCUAUUAAAAAUUAGUGGUAAUAAUAGGAAUGUUGUUGUUGUUACUACUCGUAGUAGACUAACAGCAUCAAUAAUGGAGAGUCAGACUGCAUGUAGUCAUGAGCUGAAACAACUGUCAAAUAAUGAAUGUUGGUCAAUUAUUAGGGAAAUAGUGUCUAGAAAUGGAGAGUCGAUUCCUUCAGAAUUGGAGGCUAUCGGAAUAGAUAUUGCAAAAAAGUGUGGGGGGUUGCCAGUAGUUGCUAGAGUUUUAGGGAGUAUGUUGUUUCGUGAAAAGGACAAGGAUAAAUGGAGUUCAAUAAGAGACAGUGAUGCUGUUGAGAUGUCAAGUCACUAUGAUCAAGUUUUACAAAUAUUGAAAUUAAGUUUCGAUCAUUUGCCUUCUACUUCUCUGCAACGCUGUUUUUCUUAUUGUUCUAUUUUUCCUAAAGAUUUUGAGAUUGAAAAGGAGAAACUGAUUCAGCUUUGGAUGGCUGAAGGGUUGCUUGGGCCAUCUGAUGGAGAGAUGGAAGAUAUAGGUGAUAGAAACUUUAAUGACCUGCUUGCACGUUCGUUUUUCCAAGAUUUCCAAACGGAUGAGCUUGGGAAUGUAAUCUGUUGCAAGAUGCCCAAUCUUGUGCACGAUCUAGCUUUGAUGGUGACAAAAUCGGAGACAGUGAUUCAGAAGCCUGGCUCAGCUAUAGACGGUACAUUUAUAAGACAUCUAAAUCUCAUUUCUUCUGAUGAGAGAAAUGAACCAGCAUUUCUAAUGUUUGCGAAGUCUGACCUUGAAUGA